AUGAAUGUCUUAAGGAGGCCUUGCACAAGAGGAAAACUUGCUUUUCUGUGGUUUAAGAAUGUUAUGGUACUAGCGCUCUGUUUGUGGACAUGGCAAUAUUACGGGAAGUCUAUACAUUAUAAGAACUGGGGUAGGGGAACAAGUACAGUGAGCGCAACAGAACCGAGCAAUAGAAGAAUAUUAAAAUCAUUUGACUAUAUCUAUGGCGCAGCAGUUGUUGGAUUAAAUGAAUCUACAAGAAAUAAAGUUGGCAACUUCGACUUAGGGCAUAGAUCAAUGACUGGUGAUAAUUCCAAGUUGACUAGUAGGAAAGUGGAAUAUAGAAAAGGUGAAAUACAAGAAAAAGUAGAAUGUUCCAAGGAAUUCAAUGUAAUAAGUGAAGAUGAUGAUCUUAACAGAGCGGAGAUAGAACAAACUAUUGCAAUGAGCGAGAAGCCCAAAUGGGCGUUUAAUCCCAAUAGCUGUAAAAGAUCUAAUUCGGGGCACAGUUGUAGCAAGAAUACUAUUGCACCUAACACAAAUGUUACCGCGAGAAGGAGAAUCUUAGCUGCUUGUGCGGUAGACACUGAACCACAUAUUCGAGGGCGAAGUAAACAUAUACAACCUUAUAAUAAUAGGUACAAUCCGGAGCAUGUUGGAACAGGUAAUAAUAGGGCUUCGUAUCCAAAUGAUAGUCGGCCAAAUUUUGUAACACCGGGAAAUAUUCAUGGUCACAGAGAGCCGUAUGGGAAUCAAUAUAAUGGCGAGACGACAAAUUUAACAGAUUCUAAGGACACAUAUGGAUCACAAUUCGAAGGAGUGAAAAAAUUUUUUACAGAUUAUACAAACUUAGGGGAGCUUCCCUUAUUUGGAAUGGAAAAAAUUAUAUCGGAUUGCAAAGAUUUGGGGGAGGUUUCCUUGAUUGGAAUGAAAAAAAUUAUAUCAGAUUGUAUGAAAUUCUGUGGAUCCCAGGAUACGGAUCCGAAGCAGCUGUCGUCAGAUUAUAAAGAAAAUCACGAUUCUCAAUUUGCUGAGGGCAGAAGAGUGCACCCUCAGUAUAGCGGCCACUACGGGAAUCAGCACGGAAGAAGAGUAGGAAGGGUGGAAAGAGAUGAACGACAUUAUAGUGAUAAUUACCAAUAUGCGAAUAUUGAGGAUGGAUGGGAGCAGCCAAAAUCCAAUGACUAUUAUGCAGAACAUUAUAGGGACUUAGUUGGCAAUGUACCGCCUUAUAAUAAACAGUACGAUUCACAGUAUGGUGAUGGAAGUAUAAACGAAUCUUAUUAUGAUAACUAUUACGGCGAACAUCGUGAUGCAGGAGAAAGUGCACCCAUGAAUAAUGAGAAGUAUUAUUCUCAAUAUGAUGGAGAAAGUACAAACCAAUGUGAUUACGAUGACUAUUACAGUGAGCAUCAAUACUCAGGGGGGAAUGUACCCCAAUAUAAUGGUAGCUACGAAUCGCAUUAUAGAGAUGGGGACACCAGCUGUCCCAGUAGUAAUGAAUAUUACAAAGGAUCGUGUACUGAUGAAAAGGGAAAUACAGCACAUUAUAACGACAUUGCUGGAUCGCACAGUACAGAGCCGGAAGAUAGAGCACCUAGGUAUACUCAGAAUUAUGGCCCUCAAAGGGAGGAGCAAGAGAAUUAUACGUACGGAGGGGGGUAUAAUUAUAGUUCUCAGCAGACGAACCCACCGAGUAACGCUUCUUACAAGAUAAAGAACUUGGAACCUGAGACACAGCUACCAAAAGAUGAAGUGGUAAGUGUUGAAAAUCCCUCUAAGAAGGAAACACCCGAUUUAAGUGAAGAAAAGGUGCCAUGGAAUAAUAAGGAUUUACAGCCAGAAUCGUUGCUAGAAGAAAAUAAAUUAGAUGACAAAAACAGUAGCACUUCACCAACGGUAUCACCGAAUAUGCCAACGUUACAUCAUAGGGGCAACUCCGAGUCAUUAAUUGCUAAUGAAAAAAAACCAAUGCCACACAGGACAACAACAAUCCGUUCGGGGCAUACUGCAACAGGGCAAGAUAUGUCUGGCAGUAAGGCGGUUCACGAAGUAGAAACUCAAGAAUCGGAUAGUGCUGGUAUAAAGGAUUCGUACAAUUCUAGCUUAAAGAAAAAUACAUCUGAGACCAAAGUGAAUGUUAAAACAGAAAAGGAUAAGACAGAAGAGUCAAUAUAUAUAAUUCUAGCUUAA